CUCACUUUCUGCUGCAAAAUGUAGUUCAUGGGCGAAAUCGUUCGAUGGCUGCGGCAUGGUUUGGAUCGCCCAAUACUGUGCGUCGCUGCGCAUCUUCGCAGUCGGCGCUGUUACAACUUGGCAUGGGCCGUGCUAGGCUGUGUGAUUCCGUGAUCUUAACACGUAUCCUCGAGUUCCAGCUGGAUGGAAAGGGAUCUAUGACAUCAGGCAAGUAAACGAGGGUGUUUUUAGCUCUCGCGGAUCAGCCAAGGAGGCAAAGAUUGGAAUGAGUAGCCCAAUUGCAGUCAUGACAGGAUAUCACAUGCAUUUCGAUGAUCUGACUGAUGGACCAUGGUCGAUUUGGCAGCUACCCCUAGCCUGUGGUCGCACUGAUGCUGAGACCGGGCUUGUGUCGAAUCCCGAGUAUGUCUCUUCAAGUCCAAGGGGCAAAAUAUGUCUCUGCAGACAUAAAUACUCGUCAUCGGAUGACCGACCGAUACUCGUCCCUUAAGCAUACGGAUAUUGCGCACUCUGGUCCUCAGUUGCACCAGCUCCUCCUUGGAAAUCGCGUCGUGGGUCUUGGAAGAAAACCUCCUGGGGUAUCGGCAUCCCGUAAUACCCGGGCACGCUAUAUUGCACAUUGCCAUUAAAAUUCUCCGCCAUGUAGCCUGUGGGCAUUGUGUAUCCAGUGUAGUUCGGAUAUGGAUGGUAUGUGUCGGUCUGGUGUGCCGGAUCGGGUACAGCCUGAGACGAUCCUUGUGCCGCAAGGAGCUGCUGCAUGUCACCAUCACGUGCAGAGAUCUGCGGACGUCCAGAUCCGGCCGCCUGCGCUGUCUGUCGUGGGAUUGGCGCCAACCCAGCCAUGCUGUGGCGUUGUGCGUCGCUGGCAGGAUAAUCUUCCGGAGUGGUUGGCGGCUGCCAACGGAUCGGCCGCGGGUUAGACUCGAUUGGGACGUAUUCGCAGGUCAGGCUGCUCCUCUCGCAUCUCUGGCAAGGUGUGUUUG